UCCAUGUAUAAAUCAUUCAUAUCUACAGAAUUGUCUGAAGAUAAUAAUAUGAUCAAUCAAUCCUUAGUUAACUUAGCGUGUGUUAGUUAGCUUGUAGUUGUGUUGUACGCUCUCAAAGUUGUUUAGUUUCGUAUAAAUAAUCUGUCAAUAGAUAAAAAAACUGAUUAAAAAUGGAAAAGGCAGAAAAAGGAAUUAGCUGUGGAUCUGACAAUGUUGGGCUUAAGCGAGAAGUUGGACUUGCAAGUGCAGUAAACUUUAUGCUGAGCUUUGUUAUAGGUACUGGAAUUUUUGUCACGCCAGGUACAGUUCUAGCACAGUCUGGUUCAGUUGGAAUGACACUUUUAAUCUGGGCAUUAUGUGGAUUUAUUUCAUUUCUUGCAUGUCUUCCAUUUGGAGAGCUCAGUACAGUGGUACCGAAAUCUGGAAGUAUCUACAUCUAUUUGCAUACCACUUUCAACAAAAGGCAUCCUUUUUUUGGUGGCCUUCCGGCUUUCACGUUUUUCUGGAUGAUGUACGUCAUCAUUCUCCCCUGCUCCGUUGCCUUAGGGGCACUCCUCUUCUCUGAAUACACGUGGGUGAUCGUCCAAAGUAUCUUUGCCGUUGAAAACGGAGAAGUUGAAAAAGUUAUAUUAGGAGCUGCUAUACUGAUAAUAAUCGGUGCUUUGAACUGCUACAGUGUCAAGAUUUAUGUGAAAUCUCAGGAUGUGCUGUCAUACAUUAAGAUGGCAGCAAUAGUGUUCUUCAUUGGAUGUGGAAUUUACUUGCUUGUCUCAGGGCGAUCCCUGAAGUUCGACCCAGGAUUUGAAGGAACAAACUAUUCUGUAACAGCUAUCACUCAAGCAGUGUAUUUUGGACUUUACACUUAUGAUGGAGGGUGUUUUAUCACAAAUAUAACCGAGGAAAUGAAAAACCCAGAAAAGAAUAUAAUGAGGAGUAUUCUGAUUGGUCUUACAAUAACUACAUUGACAUAUGUUCUGCUAAAUGUGACAUUCUUGACAGUUCUUACUCCAGAUGAAGUUGCUAACGGCUCCACAGUUAUAGCACAAUUUGCAAUCAAACUGUUUGGUGUAGCCGGAGGAGCAAUAUCAGCUGUUAUAAUUUGCCUAGCUCUUCUGACAAGCAUCAUGUCUGGAAUAUUCUACGCUUCUCGACUAGGCUAUGUGGCAGCUCGAGAAGGGCACAUGAUGGAUUUUAUGUGCUGCAUCCACAAGUCUCGCCAAACGCCGGCCCCAGCGGUUAUAUUUCAGGUUUUACUUGCCCUCCUGUUCUACUUUGUAGUCGGAGGUAAUGCUAACGCUCUCAUAGACACUUAUGCAUUCUUCAUCUGGCUCUCCUACGGCAUGGCUAUGGCUUGUGUUUUGGUACUGAGAAAACAACUACCAAAUGCACCUCGUCCAUUCCGGGUUCCAACAGCAAUCCCAGUUCUUAUGGCAAUGCUCUCAAUUCAUCUGUUUGUCACUUCGUUAGUCACGGGUCCGCUAAGAAUUAUUCUCAUCUUCCUGGUCUGUGUUUCCUCAUCGAGCGUCAUAUAUUACAUAUUUAUCUUCAGAAAAUUACGAUUUUCUAGCCUUGCUAAGCUGCAGAGAAAACUACAACACGUUUUAGGAUUAGUUUUGCCAGCAGAAGAGCCGACAUUUUAACUAUAGUUUUUCCUUCUAUUUUUGUAUGCACUUUUAAUAUUUAAUCUCUGAUGUAAAUAUGUUUGUAAAUAUAAUCACUAAACUUGUA